GCUAAACCCGUAAUCUAUUUAUAGUUUAUAUCAGUGUGAGUGCCCAUAACUAUAGUGAUUGAGCACUUCGGCUAUAAAUUCGUUUUUGUUUACUGAUCCAUGAAAUAUGUUUUUAUAUUACUAUUUCGUAAGAUCCUAAACCUUUUUUUAUUUUUCAAUUGGUGUCCAUAAUUUUAGAACUAGGGCUAGCCCAUUGAUGUCCGUUGCAGGACUUGGUUUAAUUGAUAAAAAACGAAACUGGAUGUAACUUAAGUUUAACAGCUAAUGCUUCGAUAAAAAUAAUUUAGACAUGACUGUCCAAGUUGGUGUCGUGCUAAAACAACUAGCAGCCUUAGCUGUGUUCCAAAUCCCAUUCUGAAAUUAUAAAAUAAAUAAAUAAAUCUUCCAUUUGCGCCAUUUAGGGAGAGCUGUGAUCUUUGGAACUGCAGUCUGGUCUCUGCGACUGAUCUUAUGACGAGGCCAUCACUGCCGGCUUGAUGUGAGGCGCGGGUGCAGGGUUCGAUGUCCUCCCAUGGGCUUGGACGUUUCAUCGAAGAGCUCUCAUUUGCCUCCUCCAUGCAUCUGACAUCCAUGCUCUUACCCGGGCCGUCCCGCCCUCUCCUCCUCUACCACGUUCUGCCGACCUAAGAAGAUGAUUUUCAACUACCUCAUUCUGUUCAUGAUCUUACUUUUUUCAGUUCAUUGCACGUUUAUUUCACACAUUUCUUCUUUUUCUUACUCCCGACACGUGUCUUCGAGAUUCUUUGGGUUCCUCUCGAUCGCAGUUCAUCCAACCUUUUUGGCAAUCGCCGUAGAUGGGACACCGCCAAGCUCCAUCAGGGAUACCCGCAGCGUUAAACCUCCCUCUCGAAGUGACUCGUUCUCCACCAUGUGUCCAAAUCCAUGCACUUGUUCCCCCAGCCUUCCUCCUGCCAUCCUCCCAGGUCUCUGGGACAUUCCCCCUCGACGAAUCACGACGACUCUUCCUCCCGGUCGCGUACCCUUGGCCAUGUCAUGCGCGGGGCAAGGGCUACGUUCAAUGCCCGUCCCUUUGUUGGAAGCAAGCGAGCCGUCAAACGAAAUCAUCGUGGCAAUGGAUUUGAGUGACAACUUAGUGGUGGAACUCCAAGACUCGGCGCUCACGAGCUACCCUCACCUCAAACAACUGAAAUUGUCUGGGAACAACCUGCAAAGCAUCGCUCCCCAUGCAUUUCUCACACCACCCCUUCGAGUUCUCUUACUGGACGACAACGUCUUGCCAUCUCUCCCAUACGACCUGAACCUGACUGCGCUGGAGGAGCUGUCUCUGGAGAAGAACUUAUUCGAGUCCAUCCCAAGAGCGGUAAACAGGAUACUGUCCCUUAAAGCCCUGAACCUGGCGCGAAACAGACUGACGAGACUAGAGGCGGGCGACCUGUUACACCUCCCCAACCUCGUCACUCUGUCUCUAAGCCGCAACCGCAUCACUGAAGUACAUCCCCAGGUCUUCGCAGCUCUGCCGUCUCUUGAGAAUCUUGACCUGGCCAGUAACCUGCUCGUCGAAGUACCCGCUGCACUUCAACUCUGCCCUUCCAUCACGCACCUGAUAUUGGCGGACAACAGAAUUGAGAGUCUCUCGGAAGACGCUUUUUCCGGACUACGCAAUCUGCAGAGCGUUGCCCUACACGGCAACCCCAUCCGCAAUGUCCAUCCCUCCGCCUUCUCUGCGCUGCCUUCACUAAUAAGCAUCAUUUUACAGGAAGUGACUCAACUGGAGCAGUUCCCCGACUUGAGUGGCAGCAGCUCGCUGGAGACCAUAAGAAUUGACCGCUCAUCGCUGACCCAUGUGCCCCCCAACCUCUGCUCCCUCGUGCCUUAUCUCAAAAGCUUGAACCUUCACCGCAACCUGCUAGCCUCGCUACCUGAACUCGCCCUCUGCGUAGAGUUGCGACUUCUAGACUUGAGCCACAACCGCAUCAACUCCCUCGGUGAAAAUCAAUUUCUGGGCCAAAAAAAUCUUCAAGAUUUGCUGUUACAGCAAAACCGCAUUACUGUUCUCCAAGACGGGGCUUUCAACGGUCUACUACAUUUACAAACUCUAAACUUGGAAUUCAACCAGAUAGCCGCCAUUGGCCCCAAAGCCUUCCUCCCUCUGCAGCAGCUGAAAGACAUCAAUUUAGGAAACAACGAUCUGUCCAUGUUUCCUGAGGAGGGUCUUGAGCACGUGGUCACUCUGAAGGUUCACCACAACCGCCACUUGCGCGUCUUUCCAGGCCCCGAACGCUUCCACGCCGCCCACACGCUCGUCUUGUCCUAUGCUUAUCACUGCUGCCCUUACUUGAGAGACGACGACUAUGGUAUGGCCACGGAAGAACCUCCUAGGUAUAUCGAAGAUGUCAUAUACAACGUGGAAGAUAUUCAAGACUUCGACAACUCGCUCUUACUGAACAUGUCAGAUUUCUGGUCAGACAAGGGUAAGGAUGACACGCUUGAUAAACCUGCUUCUGACGCAGCUCUCAAAACCCGUGAACAGCAAUUGUCUGCUAACCUCAAGAGAUCCUCCGCAGCGGCGCAAACUGAACCUCCCCUUGCCACCGACGCCGAUUUUGUGUCAGCAGAUGGAAUGGCCGAAGACUUCGGCACCAUCUGGAGUAAACUUGCUAAAGAUUUCACCCCUCGUGUGGUGAAGGACUUGCUACCAGACUCCGGUCCCUCUAUCAGCUCCACCGACCGUCCCUUCUACCCUCGAGCGCCGGUGCUGUGCAUCCCCAAGCCUGGUCCUUUCAUGCCGUGCCGCGACCUGUUCGACUGGUGGACGCUGAGGUGCGGCGUGUGGAUCGUCUUCCUGUUGGCGCUGCUCGGCAACGGCACGGUGGUCGUGGUGCUGUGUUUCGCCAGGUCCAAGAUCGACGUACCAAGGUUCCUGGUAGCCAAUCUCGCCCUCGCUGAUUUCUUCAUGGGCAUUUAUCUGGGUUUUUUAGCGGUGGUGGACGCCUCAACUCUGGGAGAAUUUCGAAUGUACGCCAUUCCGUGGCAAAUGUCAACUGGCUGCCAGGUGGCGGGCUUCAUUGGAGUGUUCAGUUCAGAACUUUCAGUGUUCACGCUUACCGUCAUCACACUUGAAAGGAACUACGCAAUAACGCAUGCCAUGCAUCUCAACAAGCGAUUAUCAUUACGCCACGCAGCGUACGUCAUGUUGGGAGGAUGGGUCUUCGCAGGCACCAUGGCAGCUCUUCCUCUGGUCGGCAUCUCCGACUACCGAAAAUUUGCCGUUUGCUUGCCUUUUGAAACUGGUGGAGCAGGACUCAUGUAUGUAGUUAUUCUCAUGUUUAUAAAUGGUUCUGCGUUCGUGAUAUUAAUGAUGUGUUAUUUAAAGAUAUAUUGUUCUAUACGUGGUUCUCAAGCGUGGAAUAGUAAUGACUCUCGUAUAGCAAAGCGUAUGGCGCUUUUAGUAUUCACAGACUUCAUAUGUUUAGCACCUAUUGCGUUCUUUUCAUUAACGGCAGCCUUUGGGCUGCAUCUUAUUACCUUAGAAGAAGCCAAAGUUUUUACGGUGUUCGUAUUACCUUUUAACUCUUGCUGUAAUCCAUUUCUGUACGCACUGUUGACAAAGCAGUUUAAAAAAGACUGCGUUACUUUGUGCAAGACUAUUGAAGAGUCUAGAGUGACACGAGGCAUAGGCCGAUGUCGUCACUCGUCCAACUUCAGCAACAGACAAACUCCGGCGCACACAAACAGCGCCUUAGAAUCAGUCAAAUCCAAUGGGGACGAUUGUAACUGCCAGGCGAAGAAACAACCACCUGCAAAUUUUUCACAACGACUAAGAAUUUCCAUUUUAAAAUUUUUUUACUGUCACAAGAGACGGUCUAAACGAAACAUGAACAAUGAAUUUUCUAAUGAACAAAAUAAGAUAGGCAACAAUAAUUUUCGUAAUACUUCAAUGUCGAGUGAUGCCUGCAGCUCUCCGUAUUCAGACAAUUGGAAACGUGGAAGGAUGCCUCUCUCAUUGCGGUUGUUAGACCGCCGACGAAAUAGUUCCUGGUAUUUGACACGGAAGCCGUCACAGGAGAGCAAUUUGUCUUCAUCGAGAAAUGACUCUUCCGCCACAACGGCCUCUACCUCAACCUGGAGAAUUUCCCGAUCAUCAGUCUCGUCGGACAUUUCCAGUGGAGCAUCGAGAGUUUUGGGUAAAAAUGACUCUCAAAUGUCACUUAAAAUUGGUUCUUUCAGAGAACGGCGUGGGGAGAGCCGUUCUGGAUUGAAUCCGACAGUCAUGGUUCUUCAACACACGCCAAAAAAUGGAAACAGCUUUAAACGAACCUCUAAACCGAAACUUCAUCGACAGACAGCUCUUGAGAAAGAGUCUUACUUAUCAAAUAAUCAAACAUGUGACCCAAAUGCUGACAACCAUUCGGUGUUGCGGGACAAUCUAUCUUGUGUUUACGAGCAAGAUAGUCUCGAAGAGGAGGACAUGACACAGGUGACCGCUUUUCUGGCCCCCACUUAUCGGAUAGCUGGAUUAGCCGUUGGAUUUAUUCCAAGAAAGUUAAGCACUAUUUCAUCUCAUUCAAUGAGCGUCACUAAGGAACUAGAAACUGAGGCCUCGCCAGAAGACACGCCGCCAGAAGAUCGACUCUUCAUGUCCGUUGCUGCAACAGAAGAUAUUGAUAAAGAUCGGGCCUUGAUAGCAGAGGCCAUCAAAAAAACAGAUUACAGAUUUCAUACCACCCCAAAAGAGAAAUUACGUUCACGUUACUAUAAAAGUCGACGAUAUCCAUCUGAUGGCAACAUACGGAAACGUUGCGAUUCGCCGUGUCCGCUGCAUGGCGGCAAGGACUACAUCAGACGUGUCGCAACAAUGCCUGUGAUUCUUGCCGAUGUUGAACCCUCGCCGCUGUUCGACGUGAGUCCUCCUUCAGAAGAGGAAUAUGACGUCUUUAUUGACACAGCCGUGCCGCAAGGACUCCUCGAAACUCAUUUUCCCCUUGAAGAGCCUCCGACUGAGGGUGAUCCACUUUUAUAACUCAAUUUUUAUGUAUAUAAUAUAAAAUAAUUCACCGCGGGCUGAAAAGAAAAUUGUAAUCACUAUCUUGAGGUGAUUCUGAAACUCAUACGGUAAUUCCUUAUGGAAAUGUUUUGGGUUCCCUCAUUCAGAAUUUAUUACUAUUGCGAUAAAAGAUGAAAACAAUUUUGGUCUUACAAAACUAAAUGUAUUGCGUGACUUCAGUUUCGAUGUUCAGGCUGUCUUCCAGCGAGGAGGAUUGCUAUAUAUAAAUAGUGAAUGUAAAUGUAGUAUUAGCGAUAAUUUAUUUUCGUAUCACUUAGUAUGUUAUUGAAGGUCAUUCACAGUGAACUUCCUUCAACUCUUGAAACUAGUAAGUAAACAAACGUCUUUUACGCUCUCUCCUAAGCUCGCUAUUGUGUCUAAGCGCAUAUUUUCUUCAUCGAAUAUUUUAUAACUAAUGUAGUUAUGUGUUAUUAAAGUCUUUCUCAAUGAUACGCAAGUUUGGUAGCUUCUCUGAGAAAAUACACCCAUGAAGUAAUGAUGAAACAGUUCGUAAAAUUAUAAAAAGAGGCAAUUCUGACUUUUUCGAUCUUGUUGCGGAUUUUCAGAGGCUAUUACUAACGAAUGGGUGUUGAGGGAUUCCUGUGCCAUUUAUACAUAUUUUAAAUAAUUAACUCUCCAUUUCUCUAAUAACUGUGUCUCCUUCGUCAUCAAAUGGCAUAUUUAUGUGACUUAACAAGUGUGAUGCGGUGAUUAAAACUAUUUAGAGAAUUAUUUCAAUAGGCAGCCGCCUUCUAACAACCCAAGUUCAACAGUUUUGAAAAUAGUUUCACUUUCCACUCAAUGGUCAGUUUUAUCAAUUUUUCAUCAUGAUUCAGAAAAAAAAUUACAGUUUUUGCAGCUUAUUUUCAAUUUACUGCUCCGAAUGCUAGAAAUUUUCUCAUCGCCCUAGUACCUGAUCGACAUCAACAGGUUACUACAGUCCUUUUCUUUGUAAUUAUGAUAAUUUUCAUCUCCAAUAAAUUCAUUCAAUUCAAUUGAUAUCAAAGUUAGCCGAAGCAUAAUUAUAUGCAUUCAUUUGACAAUGUCAGAAGCUUCAUUAUAUUGCUUAGAUUUUAUCUGAAAACUUGACAAAUAAGUCUACGAAUUACAAUUAUUUUCGAGACUGCCCUUACAUAUUUAUGUUCGUCUGAAUUAUCGUCAAGAUGUCACGUGACUACGAGUAAAAACUUGACCGUGUUA